AUGCUCUCCCCAUUGGUAGUUCUUCCAGUCAUUUUGACUCUCGCCGAUGCCCGUUCUGUUCUGAACCGCUCGGCCUUUACCCCAAUCCAAUGGUCGAAUUGCACAUUUCCCGCGCCAGGGUUCGACUGUGGAGUUCUUAAGGUACCAAUUGACUGGGAUGACCCUUACGGCGAGAAGGUCCAACUUGGAAUGCUACGCCACAAAGCAUCCAACCCGGCGCAAAGAAUUGGCAGUCUAUUAUUCAAUCCCGGCGGACCAGGUGAUAAUGCGACUCAAUUUGUGAUAGCCGGCAGCAAACUAUUUGGCCAAGACAUUGCCAAUCGGUUUGACAUCGUUGGUCUCGAUCCUCGAGGUGUCGGCCUUAGUUCUCCUAUCCGAUGUGAUCCGGAAAUCUACAACCAGCGGGUUGCUUACUGGCCGUCAAACCAGACUGAGCUUGAUGCAUUGGUCCAAAAAUUUCAGAGACUUGGAGAGAGUUGUCUUAAUAUGACUGGAUCAUUGGUAAAGCACAUGGAUUCUGUCAGCGUCGCCAAAGAUAUGGAAGCGAUCCGCCAGGGGCUAGGCGACGAAAAGCUGAACUAUAUUGGCCUAUCAUACGGAACGUUGAUAGGACAAACUUACGCGGAACUCUUCCCUCAGAAUAUCCGGACAAUGGUUUUUGAUGGCAACAUGGAUCACAGCACCGAUCCUAUCUCGUACCUUACGGUCAAGUCAUUAACCUAUGAGAGUGAACUGGUCCGGUUUGCUGAGUGGUGUAGUCAAAGCACGACUUGUCCAUUGAACGGAACCUCAGACUACGUUCUGCGAGUAUUUGAUGAUCUGGUUGAACAAGGAAACAAGGAGCCUAUCCCUGCACCUUCAUGCAAGGCCAGCAGAUGUCGCGAAAGCGUGACUGGCUCUGAAAUCCAGUAUAAUAUGAACUCUCAACUAUUUGUCAAAUCUGGUCUAUUUGGAACAUGGGCGAAACUUGGUCAGCAUCUCCUUGAAGCCAAAGAGGGGGAUGCUUCGGGACUCUCCACCUCACUUGCCACGAGCUCAGAAUCGGAUACUUUCCAGGAUACUGUGAUCAGUUGUUCUGACUGGUACCACCCCCGAGCUUCUCUUGUAGAUCUCAAGUACAAAAACAAUCUCGCCAGUGCCAUGUGGCCGCAUGUCGGCACUGGCAACUACGACCUAAACCGUUGCAUUGGAUGGCCUUUCCCGCAGGUCAGCAGAGAACACCGAGCUAUGAUUCAUGGGACGCCUCGCAUUCUCCUGGUCAACUCACAAUAUGAUCCAUCAUGCUCAUAUGUCUGGGCAAACGGGCUGAAGGAGCAGAUCAGCAACAGCACACUUCUCACACGAAAGGGUGACGGCCACACAUCAUACAUGUUGUUCGGUGAGACAUGGAAGGUUGUGAACGCCUACAUAGUCAACUUGACAAUCCCCGCCGACAAUACUGUUGUCAAUAGCUAA